UCCCCGGAUGUAGACAGUAAACAAAUAUGCGACCAUUCAUGGUCGACUGUCAGGUAAAAUCCGAACUAUUUUUUUGCGUUAUGCGUCCUUUGCCCUCAGUCGGAGCGGCGAAGUGAGAUUGUUGGAAUUAAAACAUCACCGGAUCAUCUCGGCGACACAUUACAGUUCCUGUCUUUUUAUUUUAUUUUACCGGAAGAGUAUACAAGAAUGGGUGGCCUGGUCAACGGGCGGCGUGGAGGAAGAUCUCCGCCUUUAGUGAUAGGCGCCCUCAUUGCCUGCAUCAUCGUUCUGGGCUUCAACUACUGGGUGUCCAGCUCCCGCACCUUGGAACUACAGACUAAGAUGUACGAGCUGGAGGGCCAAGUGCGUCGCGGGGCUGCAGAGCGCGGUGCGUCUGAGUUGAAGAAGAACGAGUACCAGGAGGAGAUCCAGCGGCAGAAAGAUCAGAUCAGUCAUAUCGAAAGUCUCUAUAAGAAGCAGCUGGAAGGAGUGCAGAACACCUGCAGCCAGAAUAUGGGAAUACUGCAGCAAAACAUCUCAUCCAGCACAAAAACCAUACAAGAACUUCAAGGACAGUUAAAUCAGAUGAACGACGACGUGGGGAAGCUUCAGAAGGAGCUGCAGGGUUGCCAAGGGAACAUCAACACGCUCAACAACAAACUCACUUACGACAUGACACAUUGUAACUCGCAGGUCCUCUCUCAGAGGGAGCUAUGUGACGAGAGAGUGGAGGCUGCCAAAAUGGAAGUUCAGAAGAAGAUGGAGAAGCUGCUCCUCCUCCCUGCUGUCCCACAGGGGAAGGCAGAAAAUGGCGGCGUAAAAGAGGAGGCAGUGGCGGUGACGAUGAAUACAGCGACCAAUUCGAGCGACAUGCCCAGUCCCUCUGUGACUAAAGGAAAUGAACUUCCUUCACUACAGACCAAUGAGAUCUUCAAGGAAGACAAUGUAUUGGACCUGCCCCCUGCUAAGGACAUCCCCCUGUCGGACACCACAAAAGACGCCACGGCCGUCAAGCAGCACCCGCCAGCAGAGGGAGCCCUGGUGACGGAGAAGGGUCAGACAAGUAAAGCGCUGGCCAAGAAUCAGACUGAGGUGGAGGUGAUCGACGCCCACACAGAAGAAGCAGACCCGGGAAUGGAAGGCAUGCUGAUCGGCCCGGGGAAAGAGGACGCCGUCGGUCAUAGAGGGGACGAGACAGAGGAUUACGACCAGGCUGGCGGCGUGGAUUUGGAGAAACGAGAGCAGCCCAUACGGGAUAAAGCUAUAGACAAGGUGAUGGAGGAGGAGCUGGCUGAUUAUAACGGCGAUGACGACAACGAGGGCGAGUUUGAGGCUGACAAAGAAGCUGAACUUGCUCAAGUCUAAGAGCUUCUCGUGAAGAAAAACAUUUAAGGAAGUGCCGCCUGUUUUGACUCUCCAAUGAAGAAUCACAGGGAAAUGACACAUUUUCUUCUUUUUUUAUUUUAUUUUUUAAAGUCCUGUCACAUGAUUUAGCUGCUGGAACUGAGAGAUGGAUAUGCACUCCUCUUUUCUUUUUUUUAACACAUGUGAUUCAUUUCAUGCUGGGAACAUUGGAGCUUUCCAAUUAUGGCGAUACAAGCAAGUACUGUGUAGUAUCAUUUACUGUAGUGCUGUACAUACCUAAGGCUGCUUGCAUGAUGCUGGGAACACAUAACACAACAUGUCUGCUGGUGGUCUUGAUUGUCCACACCACUCAUUUGUGGUUUUAGAAUGUUUCUCUCAUACGUGCACUCACUAGGUAGGCAUUAUUGCAACGGUGUUACUGUCGCUCCAUCUUUACUUGGGUAACAGAAGAUCGUAGACAAUGCAUUUUUAAAGACAAUGUGUGCCAGGAGCCAAUCAGAUGAACUGGAACUAAAAGAAUGCCUUGUUUUGUCCUCUUUUGCACCAGGUUCUUCUUAUAAGCUCCACCUCCUUGUGAAUCUUAGAACAGAUAUUGACCUGCUGAACAAAAAAAAAAGGCUUUAUUGAAAUCAAAAAAUAAAAAGUGGUGUCAGAAAAAUUGUAUGUAAAUUAUCAACAACAUUUCCGUUCUCUGAGUUCCCAGUGAACAGACGAAAGCUGUCUUUGUUGCACCAAGCCAAAGGCUUGUAAAAUUCCGCUGCGUACGACGGGAGGAGACGGGAGGGGUUAUCUAUUUUGAUCCGAGACCUGCCCAAGCUCGAACCAGGACCAGUCCUAGCCCGAGGCAUCUUUUUCAAUUUGCGUUAAUGUGACCGAAAACAAUGGCUGUUUACAUACCCCCCAUUCCUUUAGAAACAGCUGUUGUUAUGUAAACAGGGAAAGUCCAAAUAAAAAGAGGUGGCGUACAAUCUUCCGCCAGAGCGUGCUGGAGACUGUACAAGAGUACAGCCCAGACGUUUCUCCUCAAGUUGAGCCGAAUUUAAUUCUGUCUCUGUU